UUUUCAAACGUGUCGUAUUUUUAUUUUAAAAUAUAAAAUACCUGGUAUAGUUUUAAAAUAGUAAUAACUUAUCCAAUACAGUACAAGGUUCCUAGUUAUAAUGAUAGAAUUACCAAGAAUUACUAGAGCUUUAAGAGCUCACACACAACUUGAUAAGCCUCGAUGUCUGAAACCACCAACAAAACCUUCAAAUUCAGCUGUUAAUUUUCCAAAAAAUCUCCAAAAGUUUAAAUCAUUCAACGAUAUCUACAACUAUAUAAAAGAAAAUGAGACAGAUACGAAAGUUCUGCAACUGUUGAAAGAACUGAAGGAGGCUUGUAAGCUUCUGACGGGUGAUGCUACGGAUGAUGUCAUAAAUGAUGCAGCUGUUCUGACGCUGAGGAUGUUCCUUGACCAGGAUAUUGUUAUGCUCAAACAUCUGUCACAGCUGAGGCAAACAUUUGGAACAGUUCUGUCAACUACGGCUAAUAAAAUAUGUGAGAUUGUCACAAAAAUAUCAAGUUGGAUAUCAGACGAAACUAAAGAGUACAUAAAGAGUGAACUGAUUGAGAACAAAGAGAAUGUUAAACUGUGGGGAGAGAACAUACAAAUUCACUACAUUCCAUACAAACCACAGAAGAAACCUUUAGCCAAGUUAACACAGAAGCCAGCAACGGCCAGUUCAUUUGUAACAGAUUUCUCCAUGAAAUAUGAAAAGAGAGAUGCACAGAAAGAGAUUGUGCCACCACCAACAAAUAAACCAGUUUCUAAGUAUACAAAAACCUGGCUAGAAACGAAAGUGAGAGAAGAAUACAAGAAUUCCUCUGGACUGUCUGCUGUCGAUAUUCUUCAGUCGCUCAUCACUCUACUCAACUCGUCUCGAUCCAACAACGAGAUACAAAAUGACAUGUUUGAGCUGCUCGGUUUUGACAAGUUUGAGUUUAUACAGGAGGUUCUACAGAAUAGAGAGGACAUCACAUACAGUCUCAAGGGACCGCCGCCGCAGCCGACCGUGGCAGAGUUGGCCCAACUAUUACCCGAGAACAAAAUGCCUCAAUACCUAUGUCAAGUGUCAGUUCAGUCAGAGCAGGAGAAAAUGAUCGCAAAGCUUGUGAGGAAAGAGGAGAAAAAAUCGAAGAAUAAGAAGAUAGAGGAAGAAGAUGAACCGGAGAUAAAUGUCGCUCAGCUGAGGGCUAAGAGACUUGCAGAGCUAACAAAACCAGUGGUACCAUUUUCUACAAGCAAAUCGAAUGUGGAUCCAAUAUUACAGAAGAUAUCAUACUUCCAAACGAAAGUUCAGUACCCAAAUGUGUAUGAUUCGACGAUAAACGCCAAAAACUCUGCAGGUUUCGUAUCCGGUACGAAGCUGAUAUUACCGGAGAGUGCUAUACGGAAGGACACGAAAGAGUAUGAAGAGGUUAUCAUACCUAAGAACGAACCUGUGCUGUUGGAAGUGGGGAACCAGAGAGUUCCUAUAUCUUCUAUGGAUGAGAUAGGUCAAAUGGCGUUCGAGAAUAUAAAGGAGCUCAAUCGUAUCCAGUCCAUAGUGUACCAAACGGCGUACAACACUAAUGAAAACCUUCUGAUAUGUGCUCCCACUGGCGCGGGGAAAACCAACAUAGCGUUGCUGACAGUGGUGCAUCAGAUCAAACAGCAUAUUGAGAAUAAUGUCAUCAUGAAGAAUAAGUUUAAGAUAAUCUACAUAGCGCCCAUGAAAGCGCUUGCGUCAGAAAUGACGGCUAGCUUCGGCCGCCGGCUCCAGGGACUCGGCAUCGCGGUCAGAGAACUGACUGGUGACAUGAAGCUGACUAAAAGCGAGGUGCAAGCGACGCAGAUGAUCGUGACCACGCCAGAGAAGUGGGACGUGGUCACCAGGAAGGGGGCAACGGACACGGAGCUGGCUUCCAUAGUGAAGUUGCUGAUUAUCGACGAAGUGCACCUCCUUCACGGUGAUCGAGGGCCGAUAGUAGAAGCGAUAGUUGCGCGCACACUGCGGCAGGUGGAGACCACGCAGAACAUGAUACGAAUCGUGGGGCUGUCCGCUACGCUGCCUAACUAUGUAGACGUCGCUAGAUUCCUCCGCGUGAAUCCCAACAUCGGUCUGUUCUUCUUCGACUCGCGUUUCCGUCCCGUGCCGUUGGAGCAACAGUUUAUUGGCGUCAAGGACGUCGGCAGCGGCGGCAUGGCUCACAUAAGACAGAUACAAACAAUGAACGAGAUAUGCUACGACAAAGCGGCCGACAUGGUGCAAAAAGGCCAUCAGGUUAUGGUGUUCGUACACGCUAGGAACGCGACGCAUCAAACCGCCAUGGUGUUGAAAGAACUAGCCCAGAAGAAAGGCCACCUGAAAUACUUUGAACCAGAAGAUUCUGGUGGCCUCACCAAAGCCAAGAAGUCCAUAAGCAGCAGUCCAAAUAAACAGUUGGCAGAGCUGUUCUCGGCUGGAUUUGCCUGCCAUCAUGCUGGGAUGUUGAGGAGUGACAGGAAUAUGGUGGAGAAAUACUUCGCUGAGGGCUAUAUAAAGGUCCUGGUUUGUACUUCGACUCUCGCCUGGGGUGUGAACUUGCCAGCGCACGCUGUUGUUAUAAGGGGUACAGAAAUCUACGACCAAAGCCACGGUACGUUCGUGGAUCUCAGCAUACUGGACGUACUACAGAUAUUCGGUCGCGCCGGCCGGCCCCAGUUCGACAGCUCCGGGACAGGCAUCAUCAUAACGUCCCACGACAAACUCACACACUACCUGAAGGCCAUGACCAAUCAGUUCCCCAUCGAGAGUAACUUUAUCAAUCUGUUGGCGGAUAAUUUGAAUGCUGAAGUGGCUCUUGGUACAGUAACAAAUAUCGACGAAGCUGUGGAGUGGCUUAGUUACACGUAUCUCUUUGUUCGUAUGCGGAUUAACCCACAGGUAUACGGGCUAACAUACGCCGACGUACAAGAGGAACCAAUGUUGGAGACGAAACGUCGCGAGUUGAUUACGGCCGCAGCGUUGCAGUUGGACCGCACGCACAUGCUGCGGUACGACGAGAGAACGGGCAACUUGAAUAUUACCGACCUGGGCCGCACCGCCAGCCACUACUACAUAACCUGCGAGACGAUGGAGGUGUUCAACUCGAUUGUGCGGUGCUCCAUGACGCAGGGCUACGUGCUCGAGAUGCUCACCAGGUGCUCCGGCUUCCAGCAGCUCAAGGUCCGUAAAGAAGAGCUCACAGAACUUUGGAGUCUCAAAGACCAAUAUUGCGAGUUGCGUAUAGAGGACGCGCCAGAGGACAUACACUGGAAGAUCAAUAUACUGCUCCAGACUUACUUGUCCAGGGGAAGAGUGAACGCGUCGUCAUUGCAGUCAGAUCUUAAUUAUAUUAGCCAGAACGCCGUGCGUAUAGUCCGUGCGCUGUUCGAGAUAACCCUUCGCAAGAACAACGCUUACAUGGCCGGGUUGUAUCUCAAGAUGGCCAAAAUGAUGGAGCUGCAACACUGGGACUUCUACAGCGACAUGCGUCAAUUCAACUGCUUCCCCAUAGAAGUACUGCAGAAGAUUGAGUAUCCAAUGCUGAAGGCGGAUCAGAUUAGAGAUAUGGACGUGAAGGAGAUAGGUGACCUGAUCCGCAACCCCAAAGCUGGGCGCCAUCUUAAGAAGUGCGCUGAUGAGUUUCCACUCUUGGAAAUGGAGGCCAGUCUACAUCCUAUCACGAGGACUGUGUUGAGGAUACGGCUUACUAUUAUACCUAACUUCAGAUGGAGCGACAAAUACCACGGCAAGGCACCCGAGGCGUUCUGGAUAUGGGUAGAAGACCCUGACACGGAUAUCAUGUACUACCACGAGUAUUUCCUCAUUACCAAGAAACAGGUGAUAACCAGAGAACCGCAAGAGCUGAUCAUCACUAUACCGAUUUCGGAACCUUUACCACCGCAGUAUUACAUACGGGCAACUUCUGAAAGAUGGCUCGGCUCCGAAAGCGUAUUGCCUUUGACAUUCCAACACUUGAUACUACCUGAGACACAUCCGCCUCAUACAGAUCUCCGAGAACUGCAGCCGUUGCCAGUAACAGCGCUAAACAACCCGGCGUACGAGAUGCUUUACCCGUUCUCGCAUUUCAACCCGAUACAGACGCAGAUAUUCCACUGUCUGUACCAUACUGACAAUAACGUGCUACUGGGCGCCCCCACUGGCUCGGGCAAAACGAUAGUCGCCGAAGUCGCGAUGUUCAGAGUCUUCAACGAAUACCCCGGAUGCAAGGUUGUUUACAUUGCGCCGCUAAAAGCGCUAGUCAAGGAACGUAUUAACGAUUGGAAAAUAAGGCUGGAGCAGAAACUUGGGAAGAACGUUGUGGAACUUACAGGUGACGUAACGCCCGACGUGCGUGCGAUCCGUUCCGCCCACGUGAUCGUGUCCACCCCAGAGAAGUGGGACGGCGUGUCGCGAUCAUGGCAGACACGUGGUUACGUGCGCGACGUGGCGCUCAUCGUGAUCGACGAGAUACAUUUGCUGGGGGAGGACAGAGGCCCCGUGUUGGAGGUGAUAGUGUCCAGAACAAACUUCAUACAGUCGCACACGUCGCGUCGUCUCCGUAUAAUCGGGUUAUCCACUGCGCUGGCUAACGCCAAGGACUUGGCCAACUGGCUGAACAUUGGCGAGAUGGGGCUGUACAACUUUAGGCCGUCGGUACGACCGGUGCCGCUUGAGGUGCACAUAUCUGGACACCCCGGACGCCAUUACUGCCCGCGCAUGCUCAGCAUGAACAAGCCGACGUUCCACGCGAUACGCACGCACUCGCCCUGCGCGCCCGCACUCGUGUUCGUCUCCAGUCGCCGGCAGACCAGGUUAACAGCUCUAGACCUCAUAGCCUAUCUAGCGGCAGAAGAGAAUCCGAAGCAAUGGCUGCACAUGCAGGAGUCAGAGAUGGAACAGAUUCUAUCGAACAUUCGAGAAUCGAACCUCAAACUAACCCUGGCCUUCGGUAUUGGCAUACAUCACGCUGGCUUGCACGAAAAGGAUAGAACUACAGUUGAAGAGUUGUUCAUUAAUCAGAAGAUACAGGUACUAAUCUGCACCGCGACGCUAGCCUGGGGUGUGAAUUUCCCAGCACACCUGGUGGUCAUCAAAGGCACAGAAUACUUUGACGGCAAGAAGAAGAGAUACGUGGAUAUGCCGAUCACUGAUGUACUGCAGAUGAUGGGCAGAGCUGGACGGCCACAGUACGACAACGAAGGCGUAGCGGUGGUGCUAGUACACGAUCAGAAGAAGAAUUUCUACAAGAAAUUCCUGUACGAGCCCUUCCCGGUGGAGUCCAGUCUGCUGGAGGUGCUCGCUGAUCAUCUCAACGCCGAGAUUGUUGCUGGCACCGUGCAAACAAAACAGGACAUACUCGACUAUCUCACUUGGACGUAUUUCUUCCGGCGCCUCCUCAAGAACCCGUCGUAUUAUAAUCUAGAAAGUCUAGAACCCCAAGACGUCAACUAUUACCUGUCUAACCUGGUCCAGAGUUCCUUGGACGCAUUGGUCAACGCGAAUUGUUUGGAAAUUGAGGAGGACGAGCGCACCAUUCACGCCACAUGGAUGGGCCGCAUAGCGUCCUACUACUACUUGUCACAUCGCACCAUGGCGCACUUCGCCGCCAACCUGCACUAUAACCUGGACACGGACACGCUCCUGCGAGUCCUCAGCGAUGCGGACGAGUACGCGACGCUGCCGGUGCGGCAUAACGAGGAUGUGCUUAAUGGCGAGCUGUCGCAACUCUGUCGCUUGCCUGUCGACUCACUGUCGCUGGACUCGUCGAACGUGAAGGCGUUCCUGCUGCUGCAGGCGCACAUGACCAGGCUGCCGCUGCCCAACACCGACUACCUCACUGAUACCAAGUCCGUCCUCGACCAGACCAUCAGGAUCAUACAGGCCAUGAUAGACACAUCCGCUGAAAACGGCUGGCUGUCCGUCUGUUUGUCGUGUCAGAUGCUGAUGCAGAGUUUGGUCCAAGCGAGAUGGCCGACCGACUCACCACUAACAACACUCCCACACAUCGACUCUCAACACUUGUGCAUAUUCACGCAAAUGGCCCGGGAUUCCAACAGGCCGUGUACGUCACUCAACGGAUUGAAAGUCGCGUGGAGAAGCUACGAGAGUCUAGCGAAGUAUCUGAGAAGAGAAUUCGAGGAGAGUCAAAUUGAACAGAUUUAUAGGGUGGUAUGCGACCUCCCAACGCUAGACAUAAGGAUAUCUAUUCGCGGUCUGUGGAUAGACAGCGACUGCGAACAGGACAAGGUGAUCAGACAGCCGCAAUCCAGGGACCACUGGAUACCUAUACACGCUGAUCAGGAGUACACACUAAUCCUAGAACUGCAUCGUCGCGGCGGGAAUCCGAACAACGCAAUAUGCCCUCGGUUCCCGCGCGGCAAGAACGAGGGCUGGUUCGCGACGGUCGGCUGCGUGGAGCAGGGGGAACUGGUAGCCCUGACGAGGAUCCCGGCGAGGGGCACCGCGCAGCUCACCGUGUACUCGCCUAGUAGACCAGGGCGCGUGAUCUACACUUUAUAUAUACUGAGUGACAGCUACAUGGGUCUUGAUCAACAAUACGACUUGCAAUUCGAAGUGGUAGAACCGUUACCAGAGGAGAAAGUAGACAGAGUCUAUGAUGUUGAAAAAGUGAUAACCGAGUGAGGAAAAAUAAAUUAUUUAUAUUGUUA